GUGGGUAAAAAGGAUUGCUGAGCAAGCCGUGCGAGGAAAGGGCUCCUCAUACUCUGCCCCGUGCUGAGAGCAGCCCUGAAUGGCCAAGAAGUGCCUGCAAGGGGACACGGCCGGCCCGCUCUGCUCCCUCAUGCCACCGUCUGUGCUUCAGCUCAACAGCAGGAUCCGUGAGCUGCCCUGAUUGCUAUUGCUGGCUCUGCGGUCGCAGUGCCGUUGGUUCUGGCUGUGGCUCUCCCAGUGUGAUGUCAGUAAGCUGCUCCAGGAGUUUAAGAGCUUUUGCUGGGUCAGCCCUGUGUUACGAGCACGAGACGCGCCUGGUCGAUGACCUGUUCCGGGACUACAGCAAGGUGGUGCGCCCCGUGGAGAAUCACCGCGAUGCCGUCGUCGUCACCGUCGGGCUGCAGCUCAUUCAGCUCAUCAAUGUGGAUGAAGUAAAUCAGAUUGUAACAACCAAUGUGCGCCUGAAGCAGCAAUGGACAGACAUAAACCUGAAGUGGAACCCAGAUGACUACGGUGGCGUGAAACAAAUCCGCAUCCCAUCAGACGACAUCUGGCGCCCAGAUCUUGUCCUUUACAACAAUGCAGAUGGCGAUUUUGCCAUUGUUAAAUACACCAAGGUCCUUCUGGAACACACAGGGAAAAUCACCUGGACGCCUCCUGCUAUCUUUAAAAGUUACUGUGAAAUUAUAGUCACGUACUUCCCAUUCGAUCAGCAGAACUGUAGCAUGAAGCUGGGAACGUGGACGUAUGACGGUACAAUGGUGGUUAUCAACCCGGAGAGCGAUCGCCCCGACCUGAGUAACUUCAUGGAGAGCGGUGAGUGGGUGAUGAAGGACUACCGUGGCUGGAAGCACUGGGUUUACUACGCCUGCUGCCCUGACACCCCCUACCUGGACAUCACGUACCACUUCCUCAUGCAGCGCCUGCCUCUCUACUUCAUCGUCAACGUCAUCAUCCCCUGCCUGCUCUUCUCCUUUCUGACCGGGUUUGUUUUUUAUCUACCCACAGAUUCAGGUGAGAAAAUGACCCUCAGCAUCUCUGUCUUGCUGUCACUGACUGUGUUCCUGCUGGUCAUCGUGGAGCUGAUUCCCUCUACCUCCAGCGCAGUGCCUCUGAUAGGCAAAUACAUGUUGUUUACCAUGGUGUUUGUCAUCGCUUCCAUCAUCAUCACCGUCAUCGUCAUCAACACCCACCACCGCUCCCCCAGCACUCACACCAUGCCACCCUGGGUCAGGAAGAUCUUUAUUGACACCAUCCCAAACAUCAUGUUUUUCUCUACAAUGAAACGACCAUCCAGGGAUAAACCAGACAAGAAAAUUUUUGCAGAAGAUAUUGAUAUCUCUGAAAUUUCCGGGAAGCAAGGUCCUGUGCCUGUCAACUUCUACUCCCCACUUACCAAAAAUCCAGAUGUGAAAAACGCUAUAGAGGGAAUCAAAUACAUUGCGGAAACGAUGAAGUCAGACCAAGAAUCCAGUAAUGCGGCUGAUGAGUGGAAGUUUGUUGCGAUGGUGCUUGAUCAUCUUCUCCUCGUAAUAUUUAUGCUAGUCUGCAUUAUUGGAACAUUAGCUGUAUUUGCCGGUCGCCUUAUUGAAUUAAAUCAGCAAGGAUGAACAUCAAAUGGAAACUAUUUGCUGCCUGGGCUGGCACUGGAAUGCAUCUUAACUGCUAAAAUCUGGCCAGCCAUGGAAGUUCCCCUGGGACCGAGCAGGGAUACUAAAAUGUGCUUAGCACUUCAGAACUGCUGCUUGGUGCCAUUUCACUGCCAAAAUGACACGCUUACUCUACUGCUAGGCUGAAUGGCUGCCAGCCAGAUUUGGGUCCAUUUUACCAUUUACUAGAAAUGUUAGCGUGUCAAUAAGACUGCCUGACUUCGUUAUCCGCAAAUACUAUUCUAGUGACACCAAUGGCAGUAGUAAGUUCUAUCUGAGCUGUAAAUCUGUAUCCAGCCUCAGAGCAGCUUUCAGGCUGGUUUCAGUAUCAGCUCUGUGUAACACCGGCUGUAACCAGCAGAAGCAUCUCGAGCUCCUUGGUAAAGCAUCUGAAUUCUGUGUACACAUCAGAAGUGAUCGACUCUCCUGUGCGACUCUACCUGCAGAACUCUUGGUCCAGCAAAGAGGGAAUGUUCCUUGGUGUGGAAUGGAUCCGCUGUUGUUUCUUGCUAUGCAGGCCCAGGGUAAAGGACACGUUGAAGGUUUUUCACCCUUCUUUACCACUGAGCUCUGCUUUGCGACCACACAACUAAUGUGCAGACAGAGAGCAAGCGUACCUCGGUGUCCCUCUUCACACUGAGCAAUGAGCAAUGCGAGAGCAUCUCCACCUUUGGGGGUGCUCAGUACGAUACCUUAACCGUACCUCCGUUCCCUGAGAAGCACGUCCUGCCCUGCCGGCAUGCAUCACGAGCAGCGGGCGGGCACUGCACCGCAACGACCGAUCCCAUGGAAGCGUGUAUGACAAAAGGGUCGGACCUCCCCCGUCACAUCGGCCGAUUUAACCGAGCUUCCUUCAAACGUUGAGCAGCAGCUCACUCUAGUGACAAACGCGGGUAGUUGCUUUCGUCCAAAAAACCUCUGAUACUGCAAUGGUUGUUGGGUUUUUUAGUAAAUAUUCAACCCAAGGAACGAGCCUACGUUUGUUUCAGCAGGAUAGUGUGGAAGUUCGAGUAGUUCUGCCUAUUAUUCUCAAAAACAGAUAAGCACAAGUGAAGCAAAUGAUACAAAUCACUCAUCUUUCCAAGCUGGCUGUCCAAACGUUACUUGGCUAACGUCGGUAACAAAAUUUGCUGUGAGUUUAAUAAAAUAUCAUGUUUUAUGUUUGUGUUCGACAA